AUGCUGCAAGUGAAUGUCUGGACAGACAUCGCCGGUCGACUUCCAUGUGUUGCAUCUGCCGAGAUAGAACCCAGUACCACCCCUGCGCAGAUCUACAAAGUCCUGAGCAUGGAACUGGGUUGGUCGACACGCCAGCGCUUCACAUUGUACAUGGCAAGUCCUCGUCUACAUUUCCCCGAGACUCCUUUUGCGCUACCACGGCUCAAGACCAAGGACUUGCUAGCGAUGCGCUCUGUGCCGCCUGACAACUUCUCAUUGGAACCAUUACCUCUCAACUGGGAUGCGCCACAGCUAUUCAAGAACAGAGAUGAGCUUCAUUUCGUCGCCUACGAAGGUUGCGAUGCUGUAGUGCAAUUGGGGAGACUGAGGGACCCACCCUCAACCAGCGCCAAAAGCCGCAACCUGGGCCCUGCUCAACAGGCUGAUAACCCUGCUGCCGCAUUCAACUAUCGUCCACAAGACCUCACUCCGUCGCCUCUUUCGUUGUACAAUCCCGUGUUUUCCGCCUUCAGGCGUGGAAUGGCCGAUCCCACAGAGAACUUCACGUUCACCAAAGAAGAGGUUGAGUGUGCUAUCGAAUUCAUCAGCAUUUCGUCCAAGUAUUAUGACGACGAGAAUGCCCGCAUGGCAGCGCUCCGGCGGUGCUCCCUUUUCCCGACACCCAAAUGGUCCCAAUCGGCCUGGCGCACGUCGGAUAUUCAGACGAACAUGUCUACCAUCAAGCCUAAUGGCAACAUUGAAAUUGCACUUCUUGCCAUUCGCAUCUUUAUAGGCUUUCUGGAGCUGAAAAACGGUGUUGGGGAUGGUGGAUGCGAUCCAUGUGAGCAGGCGCAAGUCGACUUUAUUAAAGUCGUAUCUUCUGAUCAGUACACUCCAGUUUGUGCUGUCUCGUGUUGUCCUACCUUCAUUGUGUCUUUGGCUGGGAACCAACUAGCUAUCUGGGGUGCCGUCUUCGCUGAGCACUUUUUCUUCGAGCCUUUGGCAUUCUUGUACGUUGGUCCUCAGCCAGUUUGCCACCCAGGUCGUAGCCCCAUUGAAACGGGUGUACGGGAAGUCGCAAAGGUCCUCUGA